GUUAAAGCAGUCUACAUUGCACUCAUUUAUAAGAGAAAAAUGAAUUGGAAAAUUAUGCUUAUUUUUGUGAUUGCGUGUUAUAUUGAAUCAAGUAAUUCAAGAGAAAUGAAAUGGAGAAAGGAGAGUCAACUAGAAGAACUGUACGACAAGGAAUUUUUAAAAUCGUUAACCUUUGUGUCAACUUUGGAUAACUUCAAAAUUGAACUCGAAGACAAUGACAUUAAAUUGCUUUCAUCUGAAUGUGAAAAUAUCUCAAAUUUUAAUAACAAAAAGAAGUCCAUCGAAAAAUAUCAAAAAAUAAUGAAAGCGGUCUUAUUUGUUAACCAAGAAUAUAUAGGCAUAAUUAUGAAACAAUUAAUAAAGGUAAUCAAUAGCAAGGAUAAGAGUUCGUUAGAAAUGCUAGUAAAGCAUUAUUUUUUCUAUGUAACUCGCAUUUUUUCUAUGUUACAUGUAGCCCAAUGGGGACCUCCUAAAUGGCUAGUCACAUUUUUUUUAUUUCUCAAUGAUCUAGUUACUAAGGAUUUACAGUCAUUCGAAUUUGAUGAAGAACUGAUUAAGCGAUUUGAAGAUUUGGAUUUUAAUCGUUUAGAAAAAAUUACAGAUGUUACCUGUAAUGAUAAUGACGUUUUGUUGAAAAUCGAAGUACUUUACAACAAUGAUAAGCUACAACAAGCUUAUGAGCACGCAGGCUAUAUGGCUCCACAAAAUUUAAUGUUGUUUCACUUGUACGAAAGUUAUUAUAGUUUUACACAUAAUUCAGAACUAAAAAUCGUUUUGGACUGGGAAAGCGUUAAUUCAGCAUUUUCCCAAAUCACCUAUUUUAAUAAAUAUAAUUUGUUAAAUGAUCCUUACAAUGGAGAUUUGGUACACUUUUAUGGUACUUAUCAUACACUGUUAUUACAGUGCAUUCAAGUAAGAAUUCUCUUCUAUAUGUGGUUUCACGUAAAACUAAUCGUCAACAUGCUAUCAACGUGUUCAAAAUGCGAUCUUUUCUUAAGCAAAUUGUUUCCGUCGAAAUUAGAAAUACUUCAAUACUGGCCUAAUCUUGCAGAUCCUCUAAAACACAUCAUGCGAAUUUUUUCAAUUAAAGACGACGUUUAUUGGUUUACACUUCGUAGUAUGAUAGACAAUACAAGACAAAUCAAGAAAAAAGAGAUUUUAGAAUUAGAAAUCAUGUUAAAAAAUGAAUUUCUAAGCAUGGUGAAAAAAUUAGAACUUGGAGAAGAAAAAUAUAUUACCGAGCAAUUGGAAACACUGUCCACUAUAAGAGACCCGGCAAAAGUGAGCGCUGAAAAAAAUCUUAAUGACACAUUUGAAAAAAUCACUGCUAAUUCUAAAGACUUAAAAACAUAUACAAGUCAGUUACAAAAAUUGUUAACGCCAGUCGACACUUCGUGUGUUAGUUGGUUCUUUGACAAAACUCGGUCAAUUGAUUUCCCGAAACAGGAUGAAAAAAAUUAA